AUGUCGCCUGACGAUCCCUCGAAAAGGGCAGAAGGGAAACGUGGGCUCCGGUCACUCAUUUUGUCGCGGUUCCAUGUGCACAGUCAGACAUCGUCCAGUCCUUUGAGCUUUUCAGAAGAAGCUGUCAUGAACAAUCCAAGAAUUCCGGCCUGUCUUACUGAGGGCUAUCACAUUACUCACCUAACUUCUGGAGCGAGUGUAUUGAAGGAGGAGUCGCGAAAUGCCGAUCUCUUCACAUCACCCGUCAAGCUGCACAUAACGGUGUGUGUUCUGUGGCUUUUUGACGAAGAAGAACAAAAGAAAGCGAUUGACGUCAUGAACGAAUGUCGCGGUGAUCUUCUGUAA